AUGGAAAACUUCAUUGUGGUAGAUUGUGCUUUAGCUUUCUACGAGGUAUUGGGGAGACCAUCCCUAAGAGAAUUGAAAGCGAUAACUUCAGUAUAUCAUCUAGCUGAAAAAUUUCCAAAUCCUGGGGGAAUAACGAGUAUGAAGGGGGAACAGAAAGAAGUGAGGGAGUGUUAUAACACCUCCCUCUGCACGUCUGUAAAACCACAAGAACCGAUGGCGAUGGUAGCACAAGAUGGCACAAACCCCCAAGAACUGAACCCCCGUGUCACGAAGGAGCUAGGGUCUGAACUUGUGGAUGAGUUAGAAGAGAUCGUUGUAAUGGAAGAGCCACUACGAAAGUUGAAGGUGCGAAAAAACCUUCAAGAUGACACAAAGGAGAAAUUGGUGAAGUUCCUGAAGGAUAAUCUCGAUGUGUUCGCUUGGAGUCACGAAGACAUGAUACUCAUGAACCCAGCUGACAAAGAAUAUAAUUCAUUCAUAAUGGAUAAAGGGCUCUACUGCUACAAAGUGAUGCCUUUUGGAUUGAAGAAUGCAGUUGCCACCUAUCAGAGAUUGGUGAAGGGCGAGUAUCAGGCAAGGGGACCUAAGAUGGCCGCAUACUUAAAGAGGGUAAAAGGCUAUUUGGAGCAAUUGGGGGGCUAUAGCAUAGAGAAAAUCCCAAGAGAGAGGAAUACCCAUGUCGAUGCCCUCACAAAGCUGGCUUCCACAAAGGAUGGAGAUAUCCUUGAGUCUGUGCCGGUGGAGUACUUAUCCAGGCCAAGCAUCAUUGAAACAGAGAUAAGAGAGGCUCGGAGGCUGGUGUAUAAAGUUGCUCGAUACACCUUAGUAGACGAAGUCUUGUACAAGAGAGGAUUUUCUGUGUUGCUCCUGCGGUGUGUUGAUGAAGAGGAGGCAAUGAAAGUUUUGUAUGAAAUACAUGAGGGUGAAUGUGGCAACCAUGCGAGUGGGCCAUCCACAGCCAAGAAAGCCAAGAGGCAAGGAUACUACUGGCCCUCUAUGGAGAAGGAUGCUAGUGACUUUGUGAGAAAGUGUGACAAAUGUCAGAGACACGCAAACUACUCCCAAAAGCCCCCAAAUGAGCUAACUAGCCUGACCAGCCCUUGGCCUUUUGCUAUUUGGAGAAUAGACCUGAUCGGCGCCUUUCCUGCAGGUAGGGGUGGAGCAAAAUACGCAGUCGUAGUGGUAGAUUACUUCAUCAAGUGGGUUGAAGUAGAACCUCUAAUAAAAAUAACGGCCAAGCAGAUCACCACCUUUGUCAACAAAUCCAUUGUCUGCAGUUAUGGAGUGCCCUACCAAAUCAUUUCUGACAACAACACACAAUUCGAGGGGGAAACAUUCGAGGAGUAUUGUAAGGAGAAAGGAAUAAGGAGAAGCUUCUCAGCUGUUGUGCAUCCACACACCAAUGGCCAGGUAGAGGCCAUUAACAAAGUCCUCAAGAAGAACCUAAAAACGAAGCUAGAAAAUUUGAAGGGAACCUAG